AUGGGGGGUCAGAUCGGGGAGGGUCUAUUGAAUGUGGCGUUGUCAUUCUCGUCUUUGAAGGUCUGCUCGUGUUGUGCCUCUGUGGUGAAUGUGGUCAAAAUGGAGGGGGAAGAUAAUGGUGUGAGUGUCGACCAUGAUGAACACAAACAAGGUUUCGUUCGAGGAUUCAAUCAUCCGUGCGGUUGGUUCUGUGUGCCGAUGGAGAAUUCCCAGAGUAUAUUGAGCGGAUACAUCCAGACCGACCUGCGAGGAAUGUUACCGCAGUCAGCUGUAGAUACGGCGAUGGCCAGCGGUCUCGUCAACUUUUACACUGAUCUCAGACGAGCUCUCAAAGUUUAAACACUCGUCUCUCUGUUUUACCAUGACAUUCUUAGCCUGGAAGAAAUGAUUGAAAGACUGAUUUUUGUUGUAUUUCUUAUUAACAGUCAGUAACUGAAGUUAUUAACUGAUAUGUACAAUCAGAUCAGAUGAAGAAUAAAGUACUGUUGUAAAUCCAGUCAGUUCUCAGGGAGCAGCUGUUGUCUACGGAGCCUCUUAUAGGACACGGCGGGAUUUUAUUUUCUGAAAUAGUUUUGCAUGCCCUCGUGAUAAAUAUACCAUGGUUUUACUGUAGUAACCAUAUUUUAAUGGAAAAUGAAAAAUAUGGUAAUAAAAAUGAUAAUUUGGUGGUUAUGGUAUACCAUAGUAACCACAAGAAUUUCCAUGGUUACUAUAUGGCCACUGUACACUGUAUUAACAGCUUGAUUUCCACCAAAAAACAAACCAUAAUAACCCAAAACAUGAUUUGUAUUUCCAUAGAUUUGGUUUUCCUAUUUUAUCACACUGGUUUCACUACGAACAUCAUGGUGGCACGUGAAACAAUUUCAGAAAAUCCCACUCUGUCCUCUAAGGGGCUCCAUUGGGCAUCUUUUUUACUUUUAAGGAGCAACUAAUUCACAACAUGAAAAAACAUUUCAGAAUUAUAUCAGUUCACAGAGGAUGAACUGAUGCCAGCACCAACUGUCAGACAUGGGAUACUUCACCGGACACUGCCUGAAAUUGGACUUGGACUGCAGUUCACCUUACUGACCUCUGUCUGCAUCACUGGACCUCUGCCGGCGUCCCUGGACCUCUGUCUGCAUCCCUGGACCUCUGCCGGCGUCCCUGACCCUCUGCCGGCAUCACUGGCUUCUGCAUGGAUCACUGGCCCUCUGCCGGCGUCACUGGCAUCACUGCAUGAAUCACUGGCCCUCUGCCGGCAUCACCUUGGUCAAAGGAUGUACUUCACUCUAAUUGCAGCCCUCAUCAGCCAUUACUGUGUAAUAUGGUCCUGACUGGAGAUGCAAGUUUAUAGAGUUAGGGUUCGAGCAGUAGGUCUUGUUAAAGUAAUAAAUGCUGCAUUUUCAUUCACACCAUCUGAAGUUCACAUCUGACUUAACUGAGACAGAAACGGAUCUGAACACGAGUGUUGAGCUCCAUCAUUACAUAAAUCUGUAAAAUUCUGCCAUUUACAUUAUCAUUAUAUAAAGGACAUUUUAAUAUUCCUCACCAGACCUCAAUAUAUUUAUUGUUGCAGAUUUAAAAAAAAAUUAGCAGAUUUUUUUUGUUGUUGUAGAUUUUUGUUUUUGACAGUAUUUGUGUUAAUGUGAUUAAACCAAA